AGAAGGGGGCGGCUACAACCCAAGUGCUUGGCUGGACACAAGUCUUGCCCGGGUGGAGCUGCGGCAGCAGCGUCCAGUUGCGGCACUGACCAACAGCUGUGUAGUCUUGCCGGGCCCCUUCUCACACCUCCCCAGCCCACCCUCUGAGCACCCUCCCGGGUCUCAAGCAACCGUCCUGCACAUGGUGAUGAGUUUCCGGGUGUCUGAGCUCCAGGUGCUCCUUGGCUUUGCUGGCCGGAACAAGAGUGGACGGAAACACGAGCUCCUGGCCAAGGCCCUGCACCUCCUAAAGUCCAGCUGUGCCCCCAGUGUCCAGAUGAAGAUCAAAGAACUUUACCGCCGACGCUUCCCCCGGAAGACACUUGGGCCCUCUGAUCUCUCCCUCCUCUCUUUGCCCCCCGGAACCCCUCCUGUAGGCUCCCCUGGUUCUCUAGCUCCCAUCCCCCCAGUCCUCUUGGCCUCUAGUACCCUGCUGGGCCCCAAGCGGGAAGUGGACAUGCACCCCCCUCUGCCCCAGCCUGUGCAUCCUGAUGUUACCAUGAAACCAUUGCCCUUCUACGAAGUCUAUGGGGAGCUCAUCCGGCCCACCACCCUCGCAUCCACCUCUAGCCAGCGGUUUGAGGAAGCGCACUUUACUUUCGCACUCACACCCCAGCAAGUUCAGCAGAUUCUCACAUCCAGAGAGGUUCUACCAGGGGCCAAAUGUGAUUAUACCAUACAGGUACAGCUAAGGUUCUGUCUCUGUGAGACCAGCUGUCCCCAGGAGGACUGUUUCCCUCCCAACCUCUUUGUCAAGGUCAAUGGGAAACUGUGUCCCCUGCCGGGUUACCUUCCCCCUACCAAGAAUGGGGCUGAGCCCAAGAGGCCCAGCCGCCCCAUCAACAUCACACCACUGGCUCGACUCUCGGCCACUGUUCCCAACACCAUCGUGGUCAACUGGUCAUCUGAGUUUGGACGGAAUUACUCAUUGUCUGUGUACCUGGUGAGGCAGUUGACUGCAGGGACCCUACUACAAAAACUCAGAGCAAAGGGCAUCCGGAACCCAGACCAUUCCCGAGCACUGAUCAAGGAGAAACUGACUGCUGACCCCGACAGUGAGGUGGCCACUACAAGUCUCCGGGUGUCACUCAUGUGUCCGCUAGGAAAGAUGCGCCUGACCGUGCCUUGUCGUGCUCUCACCUGUGCCCACCUGCAGAGCUUCGAUGCUGCCCUGUAUCUACAGAUGAAUGAAAAGAAGCCAACGUGGACAUGCCCUGUGUGUGACAAGAAGGCUCCCUAUGAAUCUCUUAUCAUUGAUGGUCUAUUUAUGGAUAUUCUUAAUUCCUGCUCUGAUUGUGAUGAGAUCCAGUUCAUGGAAGAUGGAUCCUGGUGCCCAAUGAAACCCAAGAAGGAGGCAUCUGAGGUUUGCCCCCCGCCAGGGUAUGGGCUGGAUGGCCUCCAGUACAGUCCAGUCCAGUUGGGCAAUUCAUCAGAGAAUAAGAAGAAGGUUGAAGUUAUUGACCUGACAAUAGAAAGCUCAUCAGAUGAGGAGGACCUGCCCCCAACCAAGAAGCACUGUCCUGUCACCUCAGCUGCAAUCCUAGCCCUACCUGGAAGCAAAGGAGUCCUGACAUCUGGUCACCAGGCAUCUUCAGUGCUGCGGAGCCCUGCUGUGGGCACGUUGGGUGGAGAUUUCCUGUCCAGUCUCCCACUACAUGAGUACCCACCUGCCUUCCCACUGGGGGCAGACAUCCAAGGUUUAGAUUUAUUUUCUUUCCUUCACACUGAAAGUCAGCACUAUGGUCCCUCCGUCAUCACCUCGCUAGAUGAACAGGAUGCCCUUGGCCAUUUCUUCCAGUACCGAGGGACCCCUUCCCACUUCCUGGGCCCACUACCCACCACAUUGGGGAGCUCUCACCGCAUCACUACUCCAGCACCCCCUCCUGGCCGUAUCAGUAGCAUUGUGGCUCCUGGGGGGGCCUUGAGGGAGGGGCACGGAGGGCCCCUGCCCCCAGGUCCCUCUUUGACUGGCUGCCGGUCGGACAUCAUUUCCUUGGAUUGAGUGCCCUGGAUUAUGGAACCUUCUCUGUCUCCCAAUGCUGAACAAGUAUGCUGUGGAGUCCAGAUCCCUGGCCACUUUUGAACCCUUAGAGGCUUUGGCCCAAGGCCGAAAGACAUCAUGGACAUUUGUUUUUGGCAUCCUCUCUGUCUGAUAAGGCCAGCACCCAAAGGGUUAAUGUUUAACUUCCUUUGAAGGACAUUUGGGUUCUAUUUUUUGAAGUGUUCUUUAGAUGGCUGGCAUGUUCCUUUGGGUACAUUAGCCUAGGCAGUGGUAGGCAAAUAGGAUGUGAUAUGAGUUGGGGAAAGGGCUAAACUCUCAUCCUUGACUAUCUAGAGCCUUGUGGGGAAGGGGCCUUUCUGUUGACCUCCCAGAUGCCCUCUCCCCAUUUCCCAAACCAUUCCUUCCCCAUAGCCAUUGUUUCUUCAUGUCCAUUCUAUUCUCUUUGGUCAAACAGACAAGCAAAGAAACUGAGAUAGACUCAUGGACAAAGAACUCUGUUUUGGUUUGCAGAUUUUUUACUUAAACAAGGAAAAUCAAAAUACAUCCAAAGAUGACUUCCCCUGCCUCCUACUUCCCGGCAUGCCGGAGGAGGAGAUAAGGCCUUACCCCUGAUCCCCAGGGGUUUAGGAGCAGGGCCUGGCCUGUUGCCUGGGGCCCUCUCUAUUUAUAUAUUAAGCUCACAAUGUUUCUUAUGCUGACCAGCCCAGUGUUGGAGCUUCAAAAGGCCCACUGCCCUGUGGUGAGGUCUGGCUCAUUCUGCACCUUUCCUGGGAGGUGGGAUGACCCUUGUGCUCUCGCCAGUUUCUUUUUUUCAGGCUUCUCCAGGGCUUAGAACCUCUGUUGUAAUUUUACUUUUUAUUCCCAAAGUUGUAGCAAAGUUCUUAGCCACAAUAAAGGUUGCGAAUCUUCUGUGUCAUA